AUGCGGCCGAGAGUCCCCACGACGCCCGGCAAGCCGGCAAAAGGGAAGGCGGCGACGCCGAAGAAAGCGGCAGCGAGAAAGCCGGAGCAGGCGCCAAAGCGGGAAGAGUUUUUGCGCCGCCUGGAAAAGAUGAACCGAAAGGAGCGGUGGCGUGAGGUUGUGGCUCUGGGGCGCGCCGCGGGCGCGGAGGGCGCGGCGUCCGACGCGUUGGCGCUGCUUCGAGAGCUCUCGGCGUCGGGUGUCUCGUACGAGCGGGUGGUGGGGGCGGUGGGGCUGUGGCAGGCGAACUGCCCCAGUGAAAUUAAGCGGCUUCUGCGGGACCCGUGCGGCCGCGUCGCCAGUCUUGCCAUGGCGCCCGCGGCGGUGCAUUUGUCCGAUGCGGAUGUGCUGGAGCUCUUCAAGGAGUUGCCGCGCCGGCGCCUUUUUCAGCUGUGCUCGCGGUUGGCGCGUAAGAAAAGGCUCCCGGCGCUCGUGGACGACUACCUUGCGGCGCUGCCACCUCUUGCACGAAGCGGCCCGGCACACGCUCUCUUAGCCUGGGCGUCCGACGCCUGCCUGGCCAAGCAGCCCACCGUCGCCCUGCGGCUCCUCACCCAGAAAGAGUGGCACACAGUGGCGCGCCGAUGCCCGCACUUCGUGCUGGAAUUCGCUGAGAAGGAGCUGAAGGGCGGUGUCCUCUCCGACGCCACGCAUGCCCGGAUAAAGAUGUUCCUCUACGCGCUCCGCUGCAGCCACCCGCCGGUCGGGCUGAAGCUGCUCGCCUCUGCCGUGGGGCGCGUGGAGGUGGCGAGGGAAUGCCUCGAGCUCUACUUCCGCGCCUUUCCCGAACCCGUGGCAGCGCUGAUCGUGAAGCACAAACUUCGGGCCGAAUUGUACGGGCCUUGUGUGAUGAAAAAGCUGCGCCCCGAAACUGUUCUCGCCCUCUACGAUGCCAAUGGGUUGGACUACGACUCCUUGGAGAAUUUGUUCUGGGACGCACCGCCGAAGUUACGGGCGUUGUUGUACCCCUCCCGAAGAGAAAAGCUAAACGACACGAACGGGGCACUGAAAAGUGGUGUGGUGCUCCGCCUGCCGGAUCCCGUGGAGCGCCGGCGUGAGGCGAUGCGGGCGCUCACGGAGGUGGCGGAGCUGCGCACCGAUCCCGUCCAGUGGGCAGAAUACCUUCCCGCCCUGCCCUUCCCAGAGGCCUUCAAAAUGGCUGGACAGCACCUAAGAAACAGGGAUGUGGAAAUCCGCGCUGCUGUCUGCGGCUCCGUGGCGGAAACUGGCAGGCUCUACCCAGAGCACCUGCAGGAUGUCCUUGACUUUUGCAUUGGGCACGAAAAGGAAAAUGACGUUGUUCGCGGUAGAAUUAUUUGGCGACUGUUUGCGUUGCCCCCCUCGCUCUGGAAGGAGGAGCACUACCCCAAACUGGUCAAAAUUGUCCGAGCUGCAUGUGACUCUCGGGAUAUCUCGCGCGCCACUUCUCGACGCAUCGAGGAGUUUGUAGGGAAGACGGCGCGCUUUAACACGCUGCUUGUCGACGCAUUCCUCGUGGAGCUCUGUGGCCGCGAGGUUUACCCCUGCGAGCUGUGGCAAACUGGCUUGCCGCAUUCCACGGUGGUGCACGCCUGGAAUUGUCUGUUGCCGUUUAUCAAGGAAAAGCGGGACAAGAAGGAGUUUUUUCCUCUGUACAACGUAUUGCGCAAUUUGGGUCCAAGCUUGCGCCUCAUCGGAAAGAGUGCGGUGGAUUUUCUCAAAAGCCUGCUGAAGUACCCUGACAGUUCUACUGCGCAGCUUGCUCUCUCGCUCCUGUUUAAAUACUUUCGCCCGGUUGCGAUGGAGCUGCUGCCAGGGUUGCUGAAGGAGUCGCUGGACGUGAUUGGCGAUGAGAACGUUAAGCAUGCCGUGAGCGUGCAUUUCCAGGGCGAGUGGCUGGAUCGAUACCUCGUCAGCAUCUGCACCAAAGGACACUUUGGAUCCCCCAAAAAGAAGUGGCUGGUAAUGUUCAAAACGGGGUCUUGCUGGACGGCGGCGAAGCAGGAGGUGUACGCCAGGUCCAUUGGCUGCAGCCUGUCAGACAAGUCCCUUGGCCUCUACUGUACGGCGGAACACCUUUGCGUGCUGAGGAAGUUGUACAGCGCCAAUGUGACGGAGGUUAUUGCCCCCUACAUCAAGGAAGACUACCCAGCUGCGUACUUGCGGGAUAAGGCCAUUGAGCUUCUUGGGCGCCUGGACGAUGCGGCAUCGUUGAAGGCGCUCACGGAUGCCUUUGGCGAUGAGAGGAUCCGCGUGGCUAUUUACGCGAUUAGCCCUCGCCUCCGCGACCUCCCAACGCCGCGGAUCAUUGAGGUACUUGACGUGCCACUACACUCCAAACUGGUUGCAGUGCAGAAGGUGGCUGUUCGGAUCGUUGCUGACGUCGCUGAUGAGGCGGCCUACGCCUUUCUGCGCCAGCUGCGGCAGGACACGGCCCUGCACCCGGACGUGGAGGCCGCGUGGCUGUGCGCCAUGUUUCGGUUCCUGGAUAAGCCGGAGGUGUGGGACGUCCUCCUUUCCGCGGCGGGGAGCACCAGGGAUGUGGUGGCCAUGACUCUCGUCGGGGUGCCGGACGACACUCUGGUGGAGGACUGGCAGCUCGUUUGCCUCGACAAGCUGUUCGCCAAGCUGCUGUUGCACGUGGACCCCUGCGUGGUUUUGAAGGUCCUCGGGCGGUUGGAGAGGCGGCCGCUUCGUCGCGAUGCCGAGGUGGUGCCACUGCUGCUCCGCCUCUUGAAGGCGCUCCCCAACCAGGCGUUCCUGAGCCCGAUUGUCCACGCGCUGGCCUUCUCUUCCGCCGACGUGUGCGACGUGGUCUCAGUGUUUGUGGGUCUUCGGCCGGAGUCGCGGCUGUGCGAUGUCGCGGGCGCCCUCGGUGAGUUGAGUGGGAAAGAGCACAGCCGCUUCGAAGUCAUCGCAGUCGCGUUCUUCAACGCUUUGCUGGAGAAUCGCUGCCAGGCUGCGGCGGCGUGUCGGCUCAUCUGCAAGCUGCCGGUGAAGGACCUCGUGCAGCACCUCAAUGAGGUUCUCCAGAAGGGCCUGCUGCACGCCGGCGCGGUGCAUGAAGUACUGGAGGAACUGCAACGGGGCGAGGUAGAUGUCGCUGCAUAUGACGCUGCGGAGGAACAACUUCGCCGGCACGCAAAUCCCUACAUGCAGCGCAUUGGACUUGUGCUGCUUCGGUCGGCCGCCUCCGCCGCAACUUGGAAUGAGGAGCGACGCGAGGCGCUGGAGGUCUACCGCAACGCCGCCGAUGCAUGGGUGAGGGAUGACGCAAGGGUGAUUGACCUUCCCGCAAAAAGAUGCCGGGCCGAUACGAAGUAG